GUUCUCAUCACACAUCCCCAUCCAACGCCUCCCGUACUGAAAUCCCGGCCCUGCGAAAGCCAGCGGCACCCUUCCUGCCGAUCCCAGCACGGCUCGCUCAGCUUCCCAGCCACGGCCACCUUCCACGGAGCCAGGGCUGCCGGGCGGAUCUGCCGGGGCUGCGGUCGAUGGUUCAGCAUCAGUGACUGCUCGAGGGGGAAACGGAAAGAGCGACAGUGCGAGUUAAUUAAUUGACGCAUAAUGAAGUCAAGAUGAGCAUCCCCAAGGAGCCGGAUUGGGAAAGCAGCAGAUGAUGGUGUUAUCCAGCGUGGGGCUGCUUCAGCCCCAGCCCCAGCCUCCUGCCACGACUCAAUCUCUGCGAUAAGGGCAGGAAAAGGCCCCUGAAUUAUCUUUUAGUGGCAAUUUAACAGGAUUUAGGUGUAAGGAUACUGCAGCAGAGAGGAAGAGCUGUGGAAGGGAGGGAAGAAAUAAACCCAUUGACGGCUGUUUAGUCCCUAUGGCCGCGGUGGGCAGUCGCGCCAUGGCAGCACACGGACUCUAACGCGUUUAUAGCUGCGGAGGAAGAGCCGGUACAGGGGCAGGAGGAAGAAAUAACGAACUCCACGGGGAGAACCCCCUGCCCGACCCCGCUGCAGCCGCAGCCCCCGGCCAGGCCCCGAGGGAGGCGGGUCCGGGCCUUGCGCAGGGGACGGGGGCCCUCUAGUGAGGGGCGGCCCGGCCCGGCUCCGCCCCGCCGCGGCCUGCCCAUUGCUCCCAACCCAGCCCAAGCCGGCCCGGCGCGGCCAUGGCGGGGCUGGAGCUGCUGUACGCCUCGGCCAGGGCCGCCAUCUCCCGCCCGCAGGACGCGCUGCUCUGCGGCGUCCACUGGGAGCUGGUCCGGCACGGCUACCGCUGCCUCGGCGCCGGCGACCAGCCAGGUCCUGAUGAAAGGAAGUCGGAGCUGCUGCCCGCUGGCUGGGAAGCCAACAAGGAGGUAUAUACCCUGCGCUACAAGUCCACGGAUGAUGCCCGUGAGCUGCUGCUGAAGGCCAUCAUGGUGGAAGACAGUAUGAUCCUCAAUGUCAUGGAUCGCAGUUCUCAGAAGGUGGCAGAUGUGACCUUGGCAGUGGCUGACUACAUCGACCCAGAGCACCUGGAUGAUUUCCACAAGGUGUACAAGAACACCGAGGAGCUGAGGACAAGGAUUGCUUCGGGCAUCAUCGCUCCCCUUGGGGCCCCCACAGAAAAGGCCAAAAAGGAGCCUGAGAAGAAGGAUCCUGAAUCACACCGGGAUUAUGACCCCCUCAGGAUCCCUCCCCACCACCCAGCAGGAAUGAGAGCACCGACCCGGCCUUCCCCCUUGAGCCCCUUUGCUGUUGGUGGGGAAGAUCUGGACCCUUUAGGACGUCGGAGUGGGGGAAUGAUCGUGGAUCCUCUCCGGUCUGGCUUCCCACAGCCCGGCAUUGACCCAUCCUCGGGCAUCCCAGGCCGGCUCCCCCCAGGAGCAGUUCCACCGGGAGCCAGAUUCGAUCCCUUUGGCCCGUUAGGGGCUGGCAGAUCCGGGCCGGAUCCCGACCACCUUCCCCCUCCAGGCUAUGAUGACAUGUUCAUGUGAGGGGUCACCACUUGGCUCCUCAUGGCUGUGGCCAGAGCAGGCUCCUGGGAGGCCGGGGCACUUCCUCCAACUCGCUCUCCAUUUGGUGGAUCUCCUCAGCAGCGUUUUCCUUCUCCCCCUUUGGAGCUACAUUCCUGCGUGUCAGACCAGCCAUAAAGGUUUCCCCGUGUGCAGAACAGAGGAGGAGGCAGUAGGCCCAUUUCUUUCCGUGCUCCUCGGAGGGUGCCCGGCUGUUUGCACCCAGCCGAAGCAGCGCUGGGUGCAGUGUUUGAGAAGGGCCUGGCUGCUGUGGGUUUUCUUCUGCUGCUUCUCUGGGGUGGCACCGCUUUUGCUGCCGGGGUUUUGUGAGUCAGUGCUGAGGGGGGAGCUGGCUUCUUGCUGCGGGGAGCUGCAGUGGCCUCGCCGAAGGUGGGUUCUCCAUGCAGAGAUGGUUUCUCUCUUGCUCUUUAUCCAAGUGAAGGGUGAGAAAGCCCAACUCAUGGGGCUGAGAUCAGCUUCCAUGUGGCCGUGCCCACUGGCUUCAAGGAGCAGAGCCUUUAAUGUGUGUGAGAAGAGACGUAUAUUGAAUUCCUGGCUCAAAAUUGCUCCCUCUCUCCCCUGCAGCCGUGUUUUCCAUUCCUGGGGUGCGGGUUAAGCCCCAGCCGGGCACCACACAGGGCUGGGAUAGGAGAUGGGGUGCUCGGUACCCACACAAGUGGCCAGACCCACUGUUGGCUCUCCUGGCACAGUAGAGCUGAGCCCAGCAUCGGGCUGGGUUCUUUAUGGGGCACACACAGGGGCUUGCUCAGCUGCAGGAUCGCUUUGCAGAAGAGGUUUAUAGACCACGUUUCCUCACCAUCAAUCCCAUCGUGUGGGGCUGGUGCAGCUCUGCCUGGCUGAGCUCUGCCAGGCAGCUCGGGGAGAAGGGGUGAGAUGUGGGUGGCUCAGGCUCCUUGGUGUGGAAUCCUCCUUCCUUCCCCCCCACUCCCCCCAGGUCAGCUCAGUUUGGGGCUGCAGCUCUUCUGUCCCCUCGGGUUCAUGCAGUGUGUUUCUUCUCAUGGUUUGAUCUCUUGUAAGGAUGUUCAUGAGGCAGAAAUAAAAACCUGACACGUG